UGUCGCUAAUAAUCGCCAGUUUCUAGUCGGAGUCGCAGUGGUCCGGAGCCUAUCCCGGAGUCAUUGGCGGCAAGGCUGGGCAGCAGGGUAACCGCAUCUUAAAUGAAGGAGAUCCCGUCACAGGUUUUUUUUUUUCCUCAUUCUCUCCAUUCCGGGCAUGUCGCCGUGACCAAUCAGAUUGUGACGUCCGCGAUGAUGCAACGUAAACGGAUGACGUAAUGUUGCAGAAGACGGUAUGGGAAGUGACAGCACGGGAGCCUCCGCGUCAGCGAAGCGAACGGACUUUGGGAUGAAAUGUUUUGAAAUGUUUUGAAAUGUCGAUCGCGGCGACGAAAGGGAAACCGCGUCGUCUUCCUUUUCCGCAUCCCUCUAUUUUAAGCUAAAACAUAUCUGCUUACUCGCCGCGACAGCCGCGCUCAGCCACAUUUCACAAGCGUUCAGCGACGCGUCCCGCGGAGCUCACCUGACGUCUGGGGUGGGCGUGGCGGAGGGCGGCGUUAUGUUAACGAGGGGGGCGGGGCGAGUAAAAUGAAUAGGUGACGUCAGCUCGCAGCUCAGGGAGAGUGCAACAAACAUGGCGACAGACUGGAGCGGUCGGGGGUGCUUUCUAACUUUAGUUGUUUUUCUGUGGAGCGCGGCGGCCGGGCGAGCGCAGACAGGGAGCGCCGCGGGCAGCGCGAGCCGCAUCUUGGGCAUGCGCCUGGAGAAGAGCGACAAGCCCGCGUCCACCACCGACAGCGGCGUGAUCCAGGUGACGGAGGAGAGCAGGAUCCUGCUCCGCUUCUACGGGCUGCACAUGAACUCCGGCACUUGGGCGCAGAUCAGGUUCACGGAGCACGGCGACGGCGACGCGGAAGAAGAGCAAGAAGAAGAGGGCGGCGUCGCUCCCGCCGCCGCCGCCGACGCUGACAGCUCCGGCAACCGGACCUGUGCCGACUUCACCAAGGACCUGAGCAUCGGCAGCUACAUGAACGUGAGCGGCCAGGGCACGAGCGGGGUGCUCGGCGUGAUCGUGAAGGCGCUCCGCAAGAGCGAGCCCAGCAAGGAGUACAGCCUGUGCGUGCGGCAGAGCGCCGAGGACACGUGGUACCUGCUGGGCGACAGCGACGGCCGCCUGCUCGUGGUCGAGGAGAAGAAGUACCUGCUGCCCAUCUGGCUCCAGCUGAUCCUCAUCUGCUCCCUGCUGGUGCUGUCGGGCAUGUUCAGCGGGCUCAACCUGGGGCUCAUGGCCCUGGACCCGAUGGAGCUGCGCAUCGUGCAGAGCUGCGGCACCGACAAGGAGAAGAAGUACGCCCGCAAGAUCGAGCCCAUUCGCCGGAAGGGCAACUACCUGCUGUGCUCCCUGCUGCUCGGCAACGUGCUGGUCAACACCACGCUCACCAUCUUCCUGGACGACCUCAUCGGCUCGGGCUUGGGCGCCGUGGUGGCCUCCACCAUCAGCAUCGUCAUCUUCGGCGAGAUCGUGCCCCAGGCGCUGUGCUCCCGCCACGGCUUGGCCAUGGGCGCCAACACCAUCUUGUUGACCAAGCUCUUCAUGCUGCUCACCUUCCCGCUCUCGUACCCCAUCAGCAAGCUGCUGGACUGCGUGCUGGGCCAGGAGAUCGGCACCGUGUACAACAGGGAGAAGCUGGUGGAGAUGCUCAAGGUGACGGAGCCCUACAACGACCUGGUCAAGGAGGAGCUCAACAUGAUCCAGGGCGCCCUGGAGCUGCGCACCAAAACGGUGGAGGACGUCAUGACGCCGCUGAGCAACUGCUUCAUGAUCGGCAGCGACGCCGUCCUGGAUUUCAACACCAUGUCCGAGAUCAUGGAGAGCGGCUACACGCGCAUCCCGGUCUUCGAGGACGAGCGCUCCAACAUCGUGGACAUCCUCUUCGUCAAGGACCUGGCCUUCGUCGACCCCGAUGACUGCACCACUCUGAAGACCAUCACCAAGUUCUACAACCACCCGGUCCACUUCGUAUUCCACGACACCAAGCUGGAUGCGAUGUUGGAGGAGUUCAAGAAAGGCAAAUCGCACUUGGCCAUCGUGCAGAAGGUUAACAAUGAGGGCGAGGGCGACCCCUUCUACGAGGUGCUGGGUUUGGUCACCCUGGAGGACGUUAUCGAGGAGAUCAUCAAGUCCGAGAUCCUGGAUGAGUCCGACCUCUACACUGACAAUCGCAACAGGAAGAAAGUGGCUCCCAACAAGAACAAGCGGGACUUUUCCGCCUUCAAGCAAGAGAGCGAGUCGAAGGUGAAGAUCUCCUCUCAGCUGCUGCUGGCAGCGCAUCGCUUCCUGGCCACAGAGGUGAGCCUCUUCAGCCCGGCUCAGAUCUCGGAGAAGGUGCUGCUGCGCAUCCUGAAGCACCCCGACGUCAUCCAGGAGCUCAAGUUCAACGAGAGCGACAAGCGCUCUUCGCAGCACUAUCUGUACCAGCGCGGCAAGCCCAUCGACUUCUUCAUCCUCAUCCUGCAGGGCAGAGUGGAGGUGGAGGCGGGAAACGAGAACAUGAAGUUCGAGACGGGCCCCUUCUCCUUCUACGGCGUCAUGGCCCUGAGCACGCCGACGCUGGGUGAGUGUGUCCCGCCGCGUGAGCUUCCUCUGCGCCCUCUGACCGCGCGCUCAUCCAUCCGUCCCCUUUCCUCCACCCCAGGUGGCACGCCGGCACCGCGAUGCUCAGAGUUCCGCUCGCCAUCGCACCUUAGCGGUCUCAACCGCUCGGCUUCUCUCAGCUGCACUGACCGCUCCGAGCCGCAGUCCGUCAGCGGCAGCAGCAACCAGCUGAACAGCAUCCCUCCGACGCAGUACACCCCCGACUUCAACGUGCGCGCGCUCACCGACCUGCAGUUCGUCAAGAUCACGCGCUCUCAGUACCAGAACGGCCUGAUGGCAUCGCGACUGGACAGCACGCCGCAGUCCCCCGAGAGCGCCCGCACGCGCUUGGAGCAGCUCCCCGCGCAGCCCCUCGAGGCCACGGAGAACGGCCCCGACGAGACCACCUCCCUGCUCAACGAUCAGAACUGCCUGCCCGCCCGGCAGUCCAACCACAACAGCCACAGUGAGGGCGGCAUCUGACGAGAGGAGGCCGAGGGCCCGCACGCACGCACGCACGCGGAUACACACACGUAUAGAUGCACGCAAACACACCCCCGCACGCAGUCUGCCGUGCCCCGGCUUCCUGGUGAACCUUCGACGCUCCGCGUCCACCCAGAGUCUCGAGACUGGGGGGGGGUGGGGGGUCUCAUCUUGAGGAGGUGGACAGUUCACAGCAUGGACUGCUCUGUGUGUUGGAGGUGAGGAUGCGGGGCAAAUAGGCUCGUGUGUGUGUAUGUGUGUACCUGUGUGUGUUUGUGUGCGUGCGUGCGUGCGUGAGAGAGAGAGAGAGAGAGAGAGAGAGAGAGAGAGAGAGAGAGAGAAUCGUGCAGGAAGGUCACGCGUGCAGGGGCCUGAAUCGCACAGGGUACAGCUCCUCCCACGCAGGGCUUGCUGUCGGGGCUGGAAGCAGCAGGAAGGGCGAACCUUAAGCUGCACGGACUGACUGAUCUUUUUCUAAAGACUCUUAUAGGCGUUUAUUUUCUCACUUUUGUACGAAAAGGCACCCGGAGUCCCCUCCGCACACAGCGAGCCGCAGACGACCCUUUAUUCGACGAGUUGCGUCGUCGGUGUCGGAAGCGCCGCGGGGGGGUCUGCGCUCGAGUCGCGGCCCCCCCCGCUCUUCUUUCCCGCUGUUCCGCACGUCGACACCACGAGCCUCAACUCAGGGAGAGCGAAGAGUACAAAGUAGUACACUACAGCUAGACGGGCGGCUGUUCACUGUGCAGGCAUAGAGAAAACGCUAGACAUCAAAGAUGAGAAUUUUUAAAAUUUAUCAAUCUUUAGAUAUAUACAUAGAGAGAGACAGAGACAAUCCUAUUUAUUUGUUUUAAGUGAGGGGGAGGGGGAAAAAAAAAAUCUGUGCGUGGGUCUCCCUGGAGUUGUGUGUCUGAGGCCUUGCCCGGCGUGUGUGUCCUUGUGUAAAUGCCCCAUGACGCAGUGUGUGUGUGUGUGUGUGUGUGUGUGUGUGUUACCAGCGAGCGUGACGAAGGGGUCGGCAUAAGAAACCUUAGAGGACAUCCCCGGAGGUGAAGACACGGGAAGAAAUCUUGAAGUGACCUUGAUCUUGACGCGUGGAUCUCAACGAGAGCUGCGGGUCCCGUGUUCGUUUUUGCCAGCGGUCGGCUUUGAGCGUGUGACUCGAGUGGAACCUUUAACCAUUAGUGGCAGGGUGUGUGUCUGAACCGAGACUUCCAAUAUAAAAUAUAUGUAUUUAUAUAUAAAUAUAUAUAAA